AUGGGGUUUUUAGUUACAGUUAUUAAUGCUAGCAAUGGUGGAUUUACUGUUGAGUUAAUGCGACGAGGCUCUCCAAAAUCUCCCUUCAAAGUCCAUCCAAAUACCCUCCAAUCAGAAGUAACAUCAUACAAGACUGAUAAUAUCAUGAAGCUCUCCAUGGGGACACCACCCGUAGACUUCUAUGGCCUCGUCGAUACAGAUGGUUCAUUUUCUCAAGGUGUUUUGGCCAAAGAAACUGUCACCCUGACUUCCACCUUAGGGGAACAAGUUUCCAUGGACAUUGUUGGGUGUGGUCACAACGACAACGGGAUUUUCAUUGACCAUGAUAUUGGAAUCAUUGGUUUAAGAGGAGGGAGUUUAUCUUUUGUUUCUCAAAUAGCUUCCACCUUCGAUAGCAAGAGCUUCUCCCAUUGCUUCACCCCAUUUGGUACUGAUCCUAACAUUCCUAGCAAGAUGACUUUUGGUAGUGGUAGUCAAGUUUCCGGCGAUGACGUGGUUUCAACACCUUUAAUAUGUCGAGACACCCCUUUGUAUUCUGUCACAGUAAGAGGAAUUAGUGUUGGAGAUAAAUAUUUGCCUUAUGACCCUUUGGGUACGGUUUUCGAGGGAAACGUGUUUCUCGAUUCAGGAACUCCAAAUAUGUAUGUUCCACAAGAUCUUUACCUUCGCUUGGUGGCAGAAGAGUUGAUGACUUGGUGCGUAGCCAAUCCUUCAGCAAGCGAGGAAGAGCUAAUUUUAGAUAUCAAGUUUGCUUGCGACAAAGUGGAAGAUGGCUGUAGGUUGAUACUUGAAGAUGGCAAAUGUCUUUUGCCUGACACUCUAAUACACCAUGCAUCUGUCGCCAUGAAUCAAUACUACAAAUUGAUGGGCCGAAAUAGUUGGAAUUGUGAUUUUAGGGGCUCUGCUCUCAUUACCAUGACCGAUCCAAGUAGGGUCAUCAAGCCGCAUUUUAUUUGA